AUGGGCAAGCGCAACAAAAGCAACAAGCGCUCGGAGUGUAGUGGAGGCAUCGAUGUCGACGAGCUUACGGAGACUUUGGACCUCUCCUUGGAGAAUGAAAAGUUGACGGAGCGACUGAUCCGCUCCAUCAAGGCUUACAGUCGCUACACUCCACACGAGCGCAUGAUUCAGCUGCAGAGUGCCAGAGGCGCGCGUCUACAGGCUGUAGCGAGGUACCUGGCUCAAACCAGCAGGAUCUUGAGACUCGCAUUGCUUGGAGGACUGACUGGAGAUACUCAAAAGCGCGGAAUUCUGCUUUACAGGCUGGUUCGCGUUGCUCGCAAGGGAGCUGCUUACUUGGGAAUGAAGAGGGCCAAAAAGUCCACGUUCAAGUCGAUUGACGAGGAGCUCACUUACCACAUGGAGCUCAGCGAGCUUGCACACAAAGCGGCCCUGGACGCCAUGCGUAGCUUUGCCACUACCUCUCAGGCGUGCUUGAAUUCACAUUGUCUUUGA